AGACAAAAGGAGAGCUGUUCAGAGUAAAUCUGGCAGCUCCAGAAACUUUUGCUGUAGAUAAAAUAAUGGAGAUUGAAUAUCCAUUUGAACAUGUCAACAUCAUUAAUAUAAUAAAAGUUAUAGAGUUUGUAUUCAUGGUAAAG